AUGGAAAAUGACAUAUUUGAGAAAAACAAAAAUGAACUAGAAAGAAUUUACCUGAACAAGCAUGUAGUAGUACAUCCAAUAGUCCUUCUAUCUGUUGUGGAUCAUUACAAUCGUAUAGCGAGUAAUACAAAGAAAAGGGUUUUAGGAACAGUAUUAGGAGAAAAAAUAGAUGGAGUUGUUCACUUAACAAAUAGUUAUGCAGUGCCAUUUGAAGAAGACAUAAAAGAUAUAAACAUAUUUUUUGUUGACGAUAACUACAAUGAAAAUCUUUUCAAUAUGAUACGUAAAAUUAAUACAAGAGAAAAAAUUGUGGGAUGGUAUACAACGGGUUCAAAUAUUAAACCUAAUGAUAUUUUUAUAAAUGAAAUUUUUUACAAAUAUCACCAUGCACCCAUUUUUCUCUUAGUUAAUGUGCAUACAGAUCAAAGCAUAUUUCCUGUCAAUGCUUACGUGGCAAUUGAAAAGGCUAUUUGUGACAAUAAAUUUAGGAAAACCUUUAUCCAUAUUCCAGUCACCAUAGGUGCGUUUGAGGCCGAAGAUGUUGGAGUGGAGUUUCUUCUGAAAGAAUUGAAGAGCGUAUCUACAUCCACAUUAGCAACAAAAGUUGGCGAUAAACUAUCUUCCCUUAAAAGCCUGAUUUCAAAACUGCAUGCAAUAUCAACAUAUUUAAAUGAUAUACUGAACGGAAAUAUAGAAAUGAAUAUAAAAAUUCUCUACAACUUGCAAAACGUAUUUAGUCUCUUACCAGAUACUGAGAACCCAGAAUUAGUUGAAGCAUUUAUGAUAAAAAAUAAUGACAUAAUGUUGAACGUAUUCAUCGGAAGUAUAACAAGAUCUGUUAUUGCACUACACAAUUUGAUAAACAACAAAAUAGAAAAUAAAUUAAACGCAGAGAAAAAGAAACUUUUGGACGCCUCCAAGGAAACGGAAGACGAUAAUAUGGAAAAAGACAAAGAAGUAGAUAAAGACAAGGACAAAGAUAAAUCAAGGAAAAAAAAAUUAGUGUAA